AUGUCGACAAUCACUGGUUUCAGGCUUACCUCCGCGAUCAUCACAUUUACCUGCUCCCUCCUCUCAGCCAUCGGCUCAGGUCUCAUCCUUCUAUGUUAUCUCGCGCUGCCGUUGAAGAAGCACUUCAGGCAUGUCCUGAUCCUCAAUUUAGCCGUCGCUGAUUUCAUCAACUCGGUGAACAAUUCGGCGUCGGGGGCGCAAAUCCUGAUGCAUCGCAAAGAUCUUUCGCCGGGGCCAGGAUGCGUGCUUAAUGGCUUUGUCGGGCAGUUGACUGUACAAGCGACCGACACAGCUAUAUUCGCGAUUGCGGUAGUCACAGUCAUGACGAUCACAUCGACAUCCUCCUCUUCACGCCUAAUCUCAGGUGAAUGGGCCUGGCCGCAGAUCCUAGGCGCGACACUAUCAAUCUGGUUCCUCCCUGCGAUCACAAGCUUUUUGGCUCUGGGGAAGGAGUGGUAUGUACCUGUGUCGGGUAAUUGGUGUUGGUUGGUUAACAAGCCGACAUACCUUCGUUACGUGCUCACGCACGGGUGGAGGUACCUAUUUAUGCUCCUCGAGAUCAUACUAUAUACAUAUCUGCACUUCUACCUGCGGCGCCACUUCCGCAAUCUUGCAGUCCCGCUGACCUCGAACCCCCCUGCUUCGAACGAUACAUACCAGUCGGGCGCGACAGCGACUACUCAAGGCACUCAAGGCACCAACAACACACAAGCUACGAACAAUACGCGCUCCACCGCGAAAUCGCGGGGCGCGUUUUCCUUUAGCAGGCGCACGGCGCAAACGCCUAUCCUCGAGCCGAUCACGUUCAGCAGGAACCCAGAUGAUGAUACGCGGACGAGCUACACGCAGUCGCAGUCUCACGCGCAUGAGAGGAGGCUGAGUUCGCCGUCAACUAUGGAGGAGCCAAGGUACUAUAGGAGGCCAAGAGGGGAGAGCGUGUCUGUUGCUGUGCGGACGAGUGGUGUAGAUCACCCAUUGAAGGAGGAUGAAGACGAGGAGGACGAGGAUAGAAGAGGAGAGAGUGGCAUGCAUGCCGCGGACAGCAAUAGGACGUCGAUUGCGAUGUCGCGGCCUAGUAGCAGCUUCCACCAUCCCACAUCCCCAUAUCCCGGAUAUCCUCACGAUUACCCGCGUCCCAGUACACCUACAGCGACGCGUAUCCAUUAUGGCCUCGUGCCAAUCGUGCCAAUCGUGCCUAUCGCCUCAACGUCCGAACCCCCGUCGCCUAUAACGCCGUCUCACGACGGCUUGUCUGUCUCUACACACAUGCACAUGCAAGAUGGCGAGAUGGAUAAAGGUGCAACAAAAGUGGAUGUGGAAGCGACAGAGGACGAACGUCCGCCUACAUAUACGAUAUCCACGCACCCCGUUAUUGGCGGCGAAGACGACGAGAAGACCCCGCACAUCCACUCGCAUACCCAUCCACCCUCAAAACACUCCCUCACCUCCUUCAGCUUCAAACAAAUAGCCCGCAGGCGGCGGCGCCCCCCACCCAACCCCCCACCUAUCCUCCCCAACCCGCGUCAGCGGGCUAUCCAGCGCAUCCUCCUCCUCAACGCCUACCCCCUUCUGUACAUCCUCCUCUGGAUCCCCGGGCUUGCAAAUAGGCUGGUGGAGGCAAGCGGGCAUACGAGUAAAGUCUCGCAGAUUCUGCAGGCGAGCACACAGCUGGUGGGGCUGGCGAAUGCGGUCACAUACGGGUGGAAUGAGAGGAUUGGGCGGCAGUUAAGGGAGAGGUACUUUAGGUGGAGAAGUGGGGAACGGGAGCCAGCUAGUGAUGGUUUGUAG